AACGUCAUUUCUCCAAACUUCUGCUUACAUUCCUCCGGAGCCGCCGUGAGUGUGCGCGCGAACGCCGCGCUCCCCACGCCCCUGGUGUCGAUGCCGGCCUGUGAUUGGCCCAGAAUGGCAGCCGGUGGAUUUUCAUUGGCUCCGUCGGGCCAUUUAUUGUGUUGACAGCUGCGUCACAUGGAUGUUUUCUAUCAACUUGUUCUGAAACUAUGUGGACUUGUCAGGACCGUGGACCCGACACCAGCUGCAGCUGCUGAUGCAGAACUUCUGUCAGGUCAACAGAGACUGGACCGGCUGGCGAACACACACGCUCAGACGCACACGCACGCACACGCACACGCACUCCUGAGGUGAGAGUGCGAGGCUGCUGCUCAGAAAGUUCGGCAGGUGACUCGGUCUGUCCUGAGCUUUGCGCGGACCUGCGACUCUGCACCUCCACCGUCUGGACCCGCUCCUGAGGUCUUGUGGCCCCGUUGGCCCUUUGUCCAUCUGCGCCGAGGCCGGUGGACUCAGGUCUGUUCUGGAGACCCACAAGAAACCUGGUCCAGAUGUACAACAUGAUGGAGACCGAGCUGAAGCCCCCCGCGCCACAGACCAACACGGGGGGCCCCGGGACCACCACCACCACCACACCCGGCAACAACCAGAAGAACAGCCCGGAGCGGGUGAAGAGACCCAUGAACGCCUUCAUGGUCUGGUCCCGGGGACAGCGGCGGAAGAUGGCUCAGGAGAACCCUAAAAUGCACAACUCUGAGAUCAGCAAGAGACUCGGUGCCGAGUGGAAACUUCUGUCCGAGAGCGAGAAGAGACCCUUCAUCGACGAGGCCAAGCGGCUCCGGGCCCUGCACAUGAAGGAACACCCGGACUACAAGUACCGGCCGCGGAGGAAAACCAAGACCCUCAUGAAGAAGGACAAGUACACUUUACCGGGCGGGUUGCUGGGCUCCGCGGGCUCCGGGAUGGGGACAGGGGUCGGCGUCGGAGCGGGUCUCGGCGGCGGGGUCAAUCAGAGGAUGGACAGUUACGCCGCGCACAUGAACGGGUGGACCAACGGCGGCUACGGGAUGAUGCAGGAGCAGCUGAGCUACCAGCACCCGGGUCUGAACGCGCACAACGCGGGUCAGAUGCAGCCUAUGCACAGGUACGACAUGAGCGCGCUCCAGUACAACAGCAUGAGCAGCACCCAGACCUACAUGAACGGCUCGCCCACCUACUCCAUGUCCUACAGCCAGCAGGCGGCCCCUGCCAUGACCGCGCUUGGCUCCAUGGGCCCUUCCGUGGUCAAGUCCGAGUCCAGCAGCUCCAGCCCGCCCGUGGUCACGUCUUCCUCACACCGGGGUCCCCCGGGCUGCCAGAGCGGGGACCUGCGGGACAUGAUCAGUAUGUACUUGCCGGGCUCGGAGGUGGGCGAGCAAGGCUCUCAGAGCCGGAUCCACAUGUCGGCCCACUAUCAGAGCCCGGUCCCGGGCAACACGAUGCCGCUCACGCACAUGUGAUCGGGACACGAACUCAUUUUGUACAGGACUCUGGUUUGCAAUCAACUUUUGUACAGUAAUUUAUCAACAAUCAAAAGAAAGGUUUUUAUAAAAAGAAAAGGGAGAAGCAGGUAAAUGUGUUUUUUAUUGUUAUUUUUAUUUCAGUAUCACUAAUUUCUUUAGUUUAAUUUAUCACUUCUCUCUUCCCUGUAAAUCCCGUGUUCCCCGCUGACGCUGUGUUCUCAUCUGUAAAUAAACAUCUGGACUAAUUUCAUCUGAAACUUAUUUCAACUCUAUUUUUUUCAAGAUGAAAUUUGGAAUAAAUUUUGGAGAUUUGAAUACUGAAACUGACUUGUUACUUUUGUCCAUCGUCAGAUUAUUAGACACUAUGGGAUGUUUUGGAACACGUUCAGUUUCGGAACCGCUCUCGCGUCCCAGCAGAACCGACACAAUUGCUAAAUUAUUAUCGCAUUUUUUUUAAUUCGUUGAACUAAUUAUUUAGGGAGUAUUAUUUUUCGAUUGUCGGCCUUUAGGCGCUGACAACGCUUUCUCCGUUUUUUUCUGCGCUUCGGCAGUCGAGCCUUUGCGCUUCAUAUUAUCUUGUUGAGGUUUCGUUUUUGAUCUGCUUUGAACCGAACCUGCCGAUUUCCAAUGACCCAGAGCUACAGGCACGCGGAGCGUCCGAGGCCGCUGCGGCCUCGUGCGUGUGUGUGUGUGUGUUGGUGCUUGAAAACUGUCAACAGGUCGCGACCAUCUCGGAUCAAUUAUUUAUCAAAGGCGUUUUU